GGGACAGCAGCAGAAUAAUACAGCAGCAUGUUCUGUAUGCCCACAACAAGGACACUGUUUCAUGUGAAAGGACAUUCUGCCGAGAAUUGUUAUGGACAUUGUUAACAUCAAUCUCUUGCUUGCUGAAACCUCAUAACAUAAGGUCUUGAUUAUGUAAUUAUUCUAUUUGCGGAGAGAAGAUAAGAAGGGUGUAUGCAGUGUUGAGACCACAAAGAAACCAUAAACAUCCAAACACUGAAUGAGAAGACUUGGACAGCUCACAGCAUGAGUUCUGACAAUGAGGUUACCAUAUCAAACAAUGUGGUCAAUGGAAUAACACCUAGCUGCAACAUGCAAGAAAAAGCAGGUAACUCUCCUAUAAGUACACGCUCAAUCUCUGCUGUUACAAUCAUUCCUGUGAAGGAGAUACAAAGUUUCCCUGAUCUUGUGCCAGCUCCAGAAGUGGAUAAUACUAAGGUAUGCACAGGAAAAGGAGCAGUGACACUCCGGGCAUCCACACUUCAGGGGGAAGUACCGAGAAGUAGAUCCACGCUGGACAUUGAGCUGUCACCGACAGAAGGAGAAGCAGAUGACAGGCCUUCAUCAGUAGCUGAGUCUAAUGGGGAUUCUCAGCCCUCUUCCCUGGUUGUUAAAGGAUUUCGGAGCGUACGCCCUAAUCUUCCAUCUGAUAGCAGGACACAGAAAGCUCCCCCUCCCCCAAUCCCUCCUCUUCCCAAAGAGGAAAGCUUUGCAUGGCGCCCGCACACUAACACUAAGCUGUCUUACUUAAAACCAGUGCCCAUCUUGGAUGGUCUCUACCUGAGUGCUCCCAAGCCUUAUACCCCGCAUGCCGCUAGCACCUCACGCACUACACUUUGUAUUCCCACUGCUAACCAAGAACUCUGUGCAGAUCACAGUGAUGUCCCUGCCUCACUCAUCCACUAUGCUGAUGGCAGUUCCUUGCUGUCACACACGUCACCAGAACACCAGCCCAGCCAGUGCAGAAGCGCGGAUAGCCGUGCUGCUGGAAUGAAUUUCAGUCAUGAGCCCAAAGCCGAUAAAAAGGUCAGCAGUCUAUAUGUAGCUUGUUUAUCUAACAGCACUGGCUCAGCUGCAUCUGAAAAUCCCACCAGCGUUGCACAUGAUAAAACAGAGGUUGCUGAAUUGGGAGCUGAUGUAACUAAAUCACCAGCCACGAACAUUGUUUCUUCGAUAAUAGACACCGGAAAAUCCCCACCUCCCAUCCCUCCCAGGCCAUUCUCUGACCCUGUCCCAAGUAAAGAUUCUAUUAGCUAUGGUGAAACAGAUACUUUCUGGAAUCAGUGUCCUUUACAUCAAGAUAUGGGACGCACAGAGCCAGACACACACCAUCCUGCUGGCCGUCUCCACAUGACUGCAAAGGAGCCCCACUUUACAUCAAAGGCAAAACGUUCCCCAAGGGCACAGAGAUCCCGUGGCAUGGAUGGCACUUCAAUCACAGCUCAGCCUGAGGUUAUAGUAAUCCCACUCAUCCAGGUUAAAGUUGAAAGAGAGCAAGAAGGCACUUCCAGCACUCCACCGCCACCUCUCGUGCCCGCUGGCAAACUCUCAGCAUCCCCAGAACUUGUCACCUCUAACUUGGCUUUUCCGACACUUGAUGAUUUUAUUCCCCCUCAUCUGCAAAAGGGAGCAAACCAUAUACCCGGCUCUCCCAAUUUUUCUAUACCAAACAAUCUACCGCCUUGCUCUCCAACUCCUUCACUGGUUCCACCGGUAACAGAAGACUCACACAGAGUCUCGGAACUUGAUAACCGUGGAGCCACCUUACACACAGAGCCUGUGGUAAACGAAGUUCCUGCUCCUAGUUUGAGCAAUGACAAACCUUCCUCAUUUGCACCAAUAAGCAAGCCUUCAGUGUAUCCAUCAACUACCACUGUGAAUCCUACCAUAGUGCUGUUGCAGCAUAAUCGAGAGCAGCAAAAACGGCUUAGUAGCUUGCCAGAUCCUGUGCUAGACGGCUAUGCCAGGGAGAAAGCAGAACCAGUGACUUCUGUCCAGGAGAGGAGAAGCGCAGAUAAUCCCCCAGUGCACAAAACAGUACUGGAUAACACAAGAAGAGAGGUCUCCUCGCCACAUUACCCGGGAGAUUUGUCAAUGGACGAAGUAGGAAUACCACUGCGGAACACAGAAAGAUCAAAGGAUUGGUACAAAACCAUGUUCAAGCAAAUCCACCGCCUGAAUAGAGACUCUCCUGUUGAAAACCCUUAUUCCCCAACAUACAUAUUUCCUGAGCUGCCUGAAGUCCGGCCUAAGACUGCAGAAUUCAAUCCUUAUACUCCCACCUACAAGUUUCCUGUAUCCACUCCUAGUCCUAGCUCGGAAGAUGAUGAUUCAGAUUCAUACCCAAAUUAUGGGCGACAUUCAUACAUAGAGGAUGGAAAAUCACAAGCUGCAGUACCCCGUUCCAAGAGUGAGAUGGACCACAUUGACAUGGAGAAAAAUGUGCGCAGAUCUAUCACCUUACCGCUUCCAACUCGCUCCUCCUCACUCAAGCCAGGACAUGAACGGACUGACUGGGAACCCCCAGACAAGAAGGUCGACACCAGAAAAUACAGAGCGGAGCCAAGAAGCAUUCAUGAGUACCAGCCUGGGAAAUCCUCUGCACUCGUCAAUGAGAAGAUGACUCGGGAUAAAAGUCCAGAAGAGAUAGAUUUAAAGAAUGAACCUUGGUAUAAAUUCUUUUCGGAAUUGGAAUUUGGGAAACCGCCUCCAAAAAAGAUUUGGGAUUAUACUCCGGGGGAUUGCUCUAUCCUUAAAGUAGAGGAUAGGAAGACUGAGCUAGAGAAAGACCUCUAUCAGUACCAAUCUGAGUUAGAUGCAGAUUUAGAGAGAAUGGACAAGUGUUAUAAAGCUUCUGAUAAAAUGAACGCAGCUGUGAGCCGCACAGAGGAUCUUCCGUCCUAUACUUAUACACCUAGUUACCACUUCAGCCGAGGAACCGAGACCUCGCCAGAGCCUCCACUGUCUGAAAAUGAAAGGCAGAUCUACAAGAAUGUUUUAGAAGGAGGAGAUAUCCCUUUCCAGGGACUGAGCAGCUUGAACAGACGCCCCUCCAGCUCUGCUUCCAAUAAAGACUCUGAAUCUCCAAGGCAUUUCACACCACUCGAAUAUAUGGAUCAUCCUGAAGAGUACGUGCGCCGACGCUACGACAGCAAAGAGAAACUUUUAGAGGAUCAGCGAAGACUUAAACGAGAGCAAGAAGAAGCUGAUAUUGCUGCUAGGAGACACACUGGGAUUGUCCCAUCACAUCACCAAUUUAUCACUAAUGAGCGAUUUGGAGACCUCCUUAAUGUAGACGAUUCAUCAAAAAGGAGAUCUCGGUCUGAGAUGACACAAGCUAGAGCAAAGUUUGACUUUAAAGCACAGUCUCUGAAGGAGCUGCCACUCCAGAAAGGAGAUAUAGUUUAUAUUUACAAGCAGAUAGAUCAGAACUGGUUUGAAGGAGAGCACCACGGGAGGUCCGGAAUCUUCCCCAUUUCAUAUAUUGAGAUAUUGCCACAGACAGAGAAAGUACAGCCACGGAAGGCCUCACCAGUGCAGGUUUUGGAGUAUGGAGAUGCCGUUGCCAAGUUCAAUUUCAAUGGAGAUACAGCAGUGGAAAUGUCAUUUAAAAAGGGUGAAAGGAUAACAUUGAUUCGCAGAGUAGAUGAAAAUUGGUAUGAAGGAAAGAUAUCUGGUACCAGCCGCCAGGGUAUAUUUCCCAUAACCUACAUAGAUGUUCUCAAGAGGCCACGUGUGAAGAACUCAGCUGAUUACAUGGAUCUUCCUUUUUCCUAUUCCCCAAACAGAAGCACAAGUGCUUCCCCACAGUUUCCUAGUUAUGCCAGGCCUCGCACCACUACUCCACCCCAUGCCUCUCGCAGAGCUUUCUCUCCAGAAGUGCAGGCUAUCACAUCCGAAUGGAUUUCCCUUACAAUGGGUGUUGCCCGUAAUUGCGGAUACACCUCAACCCCCCCACUUCCUCCUUUACCCGAAGCCAGGCUUUGUACCAUAGACUAUAUCACUCCCUCUGCAGCUCCCAGCCCGACACUGUCUUUAACUCCUUCCGUCAGUCUCCAUUAUUACAAUGUGUCUGGUAGAUCCACUCCUAACUCUGCCCUCUCUUCAGUGCCCACACUCCCAUCCAGGCCACAGUCCUCCACUAGAGUUAGUUACGUCAUUUCUCCACACAAUGAUGAGAAGUUUGUCGGUUCGGUCUCUAGUUAUGGAGGCUCUCCCAUUCAGCUCCUUGCAUCACGUGAUACUUUAAUCUCAGAGCUCAGUGAUGUCCUACGUAAUCAGUACAUAUCGAAGAGCGAUGUUGGCUCAGUAGAAAAUGGUGAGCAUGACGGAUGGAAGGCACGUGGUAAUAAGACUGGUGACACCCAGGCACUGUCAUGCAUAAACACUUGUGCACAAGUAGAGCAUAAAGCAAAUUCCUAUGACGAGAGCCAGUUGAGUAAAGAACUCCUUAGCAUUGUCAGAGAUAACCAGGAGGAUGUGAGCAGGUCUCAGGGCAGCCCGGUUAAGACCAACGACACAAACCCACUUUCUUCAUCUGUCUAUCCUUCUGCACUGUCUUCUUGUCCUGUCACAAAACAACCUCCUCCCAGACUUAGAGGCAGGGUCAGUGUGCCACAGCCUUGCAGAUCUGACGAUGAACAAGCAGCAUUGACCUCUAAAAGUCCCGUAAUGCUUACAGACUCCCCGGUUAAUACCCUUAACUCAAAUUCUAUUGUGCAGCCUCAUCAUACACUGACCACAGGACCAGACCUCACAGAGUCUGAAAAGAGCUAUGUGGAAGCGGUCUGCAAUGAGAUAAUAAGCAUUGCAGAGAAAUCAGUCCGCUAUUGCAGUACUAUCUCUCACCCCUUUGACUAUCGACACAAAGUCUCUUCCUAUGACAAUAAACAAUGUUUAAUCAUUUCUCAGCAACCUCAAGCACAGCAGAGAAGGGACAGCAUAGAGCGGAGUCAGACACCACAAGAUGCGUUUAGCUAUCAGGCGUUGUACAGCUACAUACCACAAAAUGAGGAUGAGUUGGAGCUCCGAGAAGGGGACAUUGUAGAUGUUAUGGAGAAGUGUGAUGAUGGCUGGUUUGUAGGUACAUCAAGAAGAACAAAACUGUUUGGCACCUUCCCUGGCAACUACGUCAAAUCAGUGUUUUAUUAAAGAUGAUAUUGAACUUGGCUACAGAACUAUUAAGCUACAUUCAUAAAGAACCUGGCUUAGUUGUAUUAUGCUAUGUGAAGGCAGUUGCUGAAUGUAUUAGUUAAGAGUCUACAUGAAGCGUUUACAUGUGUCAGUACUUUGAUAAAAGAGCUAUCUCUGGUGUUCUAACACAAGGCAAUGAAGAGUCAAUCCGUGUAGUCACCAAUUGGUUGCUGUAUUGCCUUAAAGUUAUUUCACUAUAAUGUGGGACCUAUCUUUUAAUACUUAGUAUUACAUUAAGUGUACUUGUCGACCUACAUACAGUGGAAUCAUCUAAAAGCACAGCACCUUGGUUUCGCACCAAUGUGCCUACUUUCCUGGCUUUAAAGUCUUGCAUUACUUUGGGCAAAGUGCAUCUAGAAUUGUGCAACUGGAAGCCACAAAAUGUUCUUCAUUAAAGUGAGACUUCAGAUCUGGUAUUAAGUCCUUUUGUGGACUGCAAGUAACUGUGACUUUCACCACUAAAAAUAUUCCCCCACUACCCCUCAAUCUCUUUUCAGUUAUGUUCCACUAAAUUUUAUCUCAUUUCUACGCUUUUUCAAAAGCCGCCAUCUUGCUUUCUAAUCCUAUGCACUUUGUUGGAUAUUUAGGUGGUUGGUGGGGAGUAAAGGGGAUUAUGUGUCCUGCACCUUGGCCCGUUUGUAUUAGUAAAUGACCUUCAGUGGAAUCAACUGAGAAAGCAGCCAAUCAGUUGAUUAUGAUGUCACUAGUUCUUAUUAAAAUGAUAGGCUAAAUAUGGAUUCAGACCACAAAAUGGCUGCCACUAUUGUGUGUAGGUGACAAGUGCACUUUAAUGCAAAAUUGUGAUCACCUGUUUUAUAUCCGUUUUUGUUAUUGCACUUUUUUUUUCUUAAUUACACUGUACCACAAAAUAAUGAUGUCAUUGGCAGCAAAGGUGUGCAACCUGUAAAACAUGAACAGACAACAUGUUGCCCUCUAGCUGCUGACACAUAACUCGCAGAAUUCUCUGGCAAACAGUGAUCUGAUUUGUUAAGUAUAUCAGCGAUUUGCAAAACAUAAAUGUAACAUCCACACAUUUCACCACUUCAAAACCAACUUUCUCAUGUACAACAUUAUAGCAUACUCCCAUAAUGUUCGUGUAUCACAUCAGGAUAUGGGAGGGUUAAUAAAGGCAUGCCCCGCCCAUCUUGACAUA